AUGAAGACAACGUGGAAGGAUAUUGCGCCUGUGCCUACCCACCAGGAAUUCCUGGACAUUGUCCUGAGCCGCACUCAGAGACAGUUGCCCACCCAGAUUCGUGCUGGUUUCAAGAUCAGCCGUAUCAGAGGUUUCUACACCCGUAAGGUCAAGUAUACCCAGGAGACCUUCUGUGAAAAAUUCCAGGCCAUUCUCGAUGGAUUCCCUCGCCUGCAGGAUAUUCAUCCUUUCCACAAGGAUUUGCUGAACACCCUCUAUGAUGCCGACCACUUCCGCAUUGCCCUCGGCCAGGUCUCGACCGCCAAGCAUCUGAUUGAAACCGUUUCUCGCGACUACGUCCGUCUGAUCAAGUAUGCGCAAUCUCUGUUCCAGUGCAAGCAGCUUAAGCGCGCUGCGCUCGGUCGCAUGGCGACCAUCUGCCGUCGUCUGAAGGAUCCCCUCGUCUACCUGGAGCAGGUCCGCCAGCACUUGGGUCGUCUUCCCUCGAUUGACCCCAACACCCGCACUCUCCUGAUCUGCGGUUACCCCAAUGUCGGCAAGUCCAGCUUCCUGCGUAGCAUCACCCGCGCCGAUGUCGAUGUUCAGCCCUACGCCUUCACCACCAAGUCCCUGUUCGUCGGUCAUUUCGACUACAAGUACCUGCGUUUCCAGGCUAUCGAUACCCCCGGUAUUCUCGACCACCCUCUGGAGGAGAUGAACACUAUUGAAAUGCAGUCCAUCACUGCUGUUGCUCACUUGCGCUCUGCUAUUCUGUACUUCAUGGAUCUGUCCGAGCAGUGUGGUUACUCUGUUACCGACCAGAUUAAGUUGUUCCACAGCAUCAAGCCUCUCUUUGCCAACAAGAUUGUCUACAUUGUUGUCAACAAGAUUGAUGUCCGCCGCCCCGAGGAUCUGGAUCCCGAGCAGCAGGCUGAGCUGCAGGAGAUUCUCAAGUCUGGUGAUGUUGAGAUGCUCCAGGUUUCUUGCACUACUACCGAGGGUGUGACCGCCGUCAAGAACGCUGCUUGCGACAAGCUGCUCGCCGAGCGUGUCUCUCAGAAGCUGAAGUCUGGCUCCAACACUGCCGGUACCCCCGGUGGCCGUCUGGGUGAUGUCCUGGCCCGUAUUCACGUCGCUCAGCCCAUGGGUGGCGUCACACGCGAGACCUUCAUCCCCGAGGCCGUCAAGAACCUUCAGAAGUACGACAAGAACGACCCCAGCCGCCGGAAGCUCGAGCGCGACCUGGAGGAGGAGAACGGUGGUGCUGGUGUUUACAGCUUCGAUAUGCAGCGCGACUACACCCUGGCCGACUCCGACUGGAACCACGACAAGGUUCCCGAGGUGUGGAACGGCAAGAACAUCUACGACUUUGUGGACCCGGAUAUCGAGUCCAAGCUCGCUGCUCUGGAGGAAGAGGAGGAGAAGCUCGAGGCCGAGGGUUACUACGAUUCGGACGAGAGCGUCGAGGAAGCCGAGGAUGCCGAUACCCGCAUGAAGGCAGACCUGAUCCGCGAGAAGCGCACACUCAUGCGCAACGAGGCCAAGAUGCGCAAGUCGCUCAAGAACCGUGCUCAGAUCCCCCGUUCCGCCAAGUCCAAGAAGCUCUCCGAGAUGGAGCGUGGUCUCGACUCUGCUGGUUACGAUGUCGAUGCCGCGGGCUCCCGCGCCCGCUCUCAGAGCCAAGCCCGUGGUCGUACUCUUACCCGCGGCGAGCCUGGUGAUGAUGAUGCUAUGGACUUGGAUGAUCCCCACAAGGCCCUUGCUCGUGCCAAGAGCCGCGCCCGCAGCCAGGCCGCGACUGACCGUCGUAACGAUGGUGUCGUUGAUGAGACGGCUCGUUCCAAGGCUGAACGCCUGCACAAGUUGGGCCAGAAGAAGAUGAACCGCAUGGCCCGACAGGGUGAGGCUGAUCGUCACACUACCGUCUCUCUUGCUAAGCACUUGGUCGCAGGAAAGCGUGGUAUUGGCAAGAACGAGCGCCGUUAA